AUGAAUACCUAUCACUCGUGGAAUGAGGAAGCGAGCUCGUUUGCUCAGAUGGAUUUGAGCGGCAAACUAAUUAUAAAGGCGCAGCUGGGCGACGACAUACGCCGCAUUCCAAUCCACAACGAAGACAUCACGUACGACGAGCUAAUACUGAUGAUGCAGCGAGUGUUCCGAGGCAAGCUUACCAGUAACGACGAGGUCACGGUCAAGUACAAGGAUGAAGAUGGUGACCUUAUUACCAUUUUCGACAGCUCAGACUUGUCUUUUGCGAUUCAGUGCAGCCGGAUACUGAAGCUAACAAUAUUCGUGAACCAGCAACCAGUUCCAUUGGAGCCAGACGAAAUUAAGCACCUCAGGAAAGAGCUGCAGGAAAUUAGGAAUGUUGUAAACCGCCUGUUGGACAGAUUCGAGCCCCGUCAUUUUGUCUCCAACAGUUCAGAGCCAGAAGACAGUGCUGGAACUGCUCAACUGAAGGCCGCAAAUGCUGUUGCACCAAAGGAGUUUGACCCCCUCGCUUCCAAACAGGCGUCUGGUGAUGAGCCCAGUGCACAGAUGAAACCUAAAGGGCAUCCUCCUCCACAGCAGCAGCAGCCACAGCCUCUCGCGCAACAGCACCCGCAGGUUCCCCCUGGAGGCUACACAGGUGCACCAUUGCCGACAGCCAGGCCCGGUCCCACCCCCACUCCUGGGAUGCCCGGCCAGCCUGCCCAGGGGCCGUACGUUCAGCCUGCAUACCCCCAGACAUCGGUUGCUCAGAGCAUGCCCCACGGUCAGCAGUUCCCGCCGGGUGCCACCCCAACCGGGGCACAGGGACCGCCACAGCAGGGUCCUCCCCAGGGUAUUCCCCAGGGUCCACCACCACAGCCCGGGCAGCCGCAGCCUCCAUAUGGGGGUGCCCCGCCCGUGUCGCAGGCCUACCCAGGCUAUCCGCCUCAUGCUGUGCCCUCCUCUCAAGCUGGCGCCUACCACUCAAACCCCAGCCCAACUCCAACCAGUGCCGGCAAUCCUUAUGCCAGGGGAGGGUCCCUCCCCACUUCCUAUCCACGGCCAGCACCGGCCUAUCCCCAGGGGUACCAGUAACAUGGAGCCAAGUGAUGGCUACAGUUUUUCUCGCUCUCUCUGUUUUUUCUUGUAAGUUGAGAAAAGAGGAGUCUGGAGAGUUGCGGUAGCCACCAAAGGAGCGAGUUUUGCACCCCACCUGUACUGAAGCAGUGGUAGGUGGAAGUGCUGGCGAAAUGGAAGUUGUUUAUUCCAUGUGCAAAUCAAUUCGUGGACCACUAGUUUGAAUCUAAGGCGCUUUUACCGCAGAAUCUGUAAAGCAACCACAAAUGCAAGAUCGUUCAAGAUGUGUGGCCCAGAACGCCGAGGCCACUAAAUGUACGGGAAGAUAACUUUUGCUAUUCGCGAUUUUUCGUAGAAUUUUUUUUUGUUGAGGCAGUUCAGCGGGAGAUUGAGCACAUCAACUCCCUCAGUUUUAUGGAGCUCAGAUUAAGAACAGAUUGUCCUGGCUCCUAUAAUUUUCUCAUUAAAUGCACAGUUGAGAAAAUGUAAAGUUUUUAUAAGGGAAGUGUACUACUGCUGUGCUAAAUGUAAUAACUUGUAACUAUAGCCAACCCUGCGCACCGUUGGGCUUGUAAAGACAGGAAGCUGAUUUGCGUAGGGAAAUAUGAUGAACUGAAGAUCAAGGCUUUCGACAUUUCAAAGAUCAAAGGUUUUCCAGCCUGGUGCUUUUAUGUAUUCGAGUAUUUGUGAAACGCGUGACGAGAUACUGAGGCUUCUGUUGGAGCCUUCCAGAGCCGAAUUUAUUGUGCGAUAAUGUCGGGCUCUACAUUUGGCAGCACCAUUGCGUCUAAUGUAAGCAGUGCACACACAUUUAAUGUUUCAGUAGUCGCCUUAAUGUCAAGAGGCUGCCUUACUGUAUAGCCAUGCUGCCUAAAUUGAGUCCAUGGAAUUUACCAUACUCGGCACGUGCGAAACAAUGGAUUCAGGCUUGGAGUGUAUCGUAGUGCAGCUCUUCUCUGAGCAAUGUUUCUGUCUUUCGUGAUCUUUGUGUUUCGCUAAGUUUUCUACUGUACUAUUUGCUGCAAGCCACUAAAGAACUUGUUUUUACUAUACUAUUGUUUCUUUGCAUUGUGCUCAUUUCUGGUCGUUAGUUUUGGCGUUGAGAAGAAUCGAAUCAAAUAUAUAUGUCUGGUUUGCCGAGUGUCUUGCUUGCUGCGAGAAAAAGGUACACAUUAGAAAUUCAGUUCCUGGGUCUAGGAGAAGCUAGCAUGUAUGGCAUGGCUAACGUUUUAGUGCCUGUUCGUGCUGCUAUUUUUCAUAUUUCGCUCCCUGCAGCUGCAGAUUGCAGCAAUAAGUUGUUCAUAAAAAAAAAAAAAAAUCCCAGAAUUUGUGGUGCCUUUGAAUAUGGCAUCAUAAAUACUGGUACAUGGAAUGCUUGGGGCAUAGCUUAGAUGUAGCAUUUUUGUUGUUUGUGCUUGCGCUAACUUCAGUAGGGUUUUAGUCACCUUUUCAUGCAGAAAUAUAAAAAGUAAAAGUAGGUUUUUCUAAUAAGUUGAUCAGGGUUGUGCCCACAACUUUUGUGAAUGCAUAUCCGGUGUGUAAUAUCGGGUAGCAGCAACGAAGGUACAGGUACAUCGUGUAGAAUUCUGUUUGCUGCAAAGCAUACUUUGCAAUUCUACUUGCCAGCUAACUUGCAAUAACUGAGUUUCUGCUCAUAACUGAUCUUGCUUAUAGUCUUUCACAUUCCACACUCUGUUAUGCUUGGCCUUUGUACAUAACUUGGUGACCAUGAUUAGGUCUAUUAGGUUUGGUUUUGCGUAACUUCUAUGCGCCAUUCCUUGUUCACAAUCAACCAGCAAGUAGUAUUUGGGCAUUGAGGUAAGAGUUUAUUGCAACAACCAUGCGAGCGCUUUGUGGUACUGUGAUGGCUUCUGCAUGGUGUACACAUUUUUAUGUGGAAUAAACAUGGACUACUAGAAA